GGACAACCUCAAGCUGUCAACAAUCAUGAAGCUAUUUCAUUUCUGAUGAACUGAUAAUACUAUUUGACCCAUCCUCGAAUUCAUUAGCAGAUUGUUCGAUAGUAUGGUUAUCGCUGACAACGAAUGAGCCUGUUCGUCGACCUGCGGUAGAAAACCGCCGGUCAACAUAUAACACCGUCCUUGAACGAUCCGAGUCAACCAUCUAAGCCUCAUUGUAUUCACUGAGUCACUCCUGAAUCAACAUCCUCUUCCAUACUUUGAAGAUUCAUCAAGAUCGAGUCAAAAUGUCGGCAUCUAUAUUGUCCCCCGGCGACGACUCCACUUCUCCAUCCGCCUCAGCCUAUAUGAUACCCUCACGAUUCAACAUAUCCUACCACAGCACAUCAUCAGAUGAUGACGAAAUAGCAUCAUUACCUUCUGAGACAUCAAGCGAAUCAGACCUACUCUCAGACUAUGAAGAUUCAGACGCGGAAGAGCAAUGGCGGGAAAGUUUACAGCAACUGGAAUUACUGCUCACAAUGGUUCUUGUGCCUGUUAUCGGCAAAUACGCGGGGAGGAGGUGUGCAUAUUGGGGCUGGACGAAGUUUAUGGAAUGGAAAUACCCUGUCGAAGCGGUCAUUACGAAUAAAGCAGCGUUUCGUACAGCAGGGAUUAUUGGCGCUGCUACUUUGUGAUAUAUGUGAUAUAGAUGGGAUAGGAAAAGGAAUGAAAAUGAAAGCGGUCGACAUGUCGAAAGACUCGACCGAUGCUGUAUUAAAACAAGA